AUGACCACCACGCAGCCAAGUCAAGCCCUCGUGAGGCAGGCCUCGGUCGCCGAUGUGGCCCUGAUGCCCCCACCGCCGUUCAAGCGGAUUAAGAGACCACCGGAAGUGCUAGACGAGGACGAAUACACACAGGCGCUGUCCGACAUCAUCGCGCGCGACUACUUCCCCGGCCUGCUGGAGAGCCAAGCCCAGCACGAAUACCUCGCGGCAUUGGACUCCGGCAACGACGCAUGGAUCGCAGAGGCGGCGCAGAAACUGAGACACGCGGGCGCUCAGAUGGCGACGGGUACUAAGAGGAGGGCAGGUGCGCGAAAUACGCGCUUCGACAGUAGUACCAGUACCCCGUCGGCGUCGGUAACGCCCACAACCACAAGAAGAGCCCAAGAUACACCGCUGGGAUAUACGGGCAACGAGACGCCCGUCAGCGUUGCUGGAUCUCAAAUCUCACGUGGGGAGGGUGGAUCUGGGCUACUGGAACAGCGAAACGAACAGUCACAGUUGGAAAAGGACAAGGCAAGACUAUCCCUCGGGGCGUUCCAAGCGAAAUACACGUCCGAAGACAACGAGUCGUUCAACACGGUGCUGGACAAGCAGAAUCAAAAGCGCCGGCUCAAGCACGCGCACCUCUGGACCCAAGACCAGCGAAUACCUUCGGCGCGGCAGAUCGCGUACCGCCGCGCGGAGGAAGUCCGCUUGCUGAAACAAAAAGCAGAAGCAGAAACACAACCAGACGACGACGACGACGGGACCGCAGAAGGUGGGAAAGCACUGAUCCCCAUCUCGAUGUCCAUCUCAAGCGGCGCAGUGGACACCCGCCCCGCUAGACCCGACGCCUGGAAGAUCCAGACGCCCGACAACACACUCAUGUUCCCCGCCAGCUCGGUCGACGAGGACCACGGCAUCCCCACCGUUCAACAAGUCAGGGAACAAACCUCGAAGGCCGGCGCCAAGGAGGUCGUGCAUUCCAACACGCGGUUCCCACCCUUACAUGUGCAGUAUGCGGAUGAUUUCGCGGCAGUUCCACCGAGUCCAAGUCUCAACACGGACAUCAUCGCGAAUCGCCACCGCGGCCGCGGUCCAGCAAGCGAGGUCUCCGGCAGCGAAACGCCCCGAGUCAACGGGUAUGCCUUUGUGGAUGAGGACGAACCUGAGCCUGAGAAUGUACAUGCGUCCACCAACGCUCCGGCCCCGCCAAGCUACAGAGAUCUCCUCGCCGGACAGGUCGCCGGCGACGGGACGCCCAACCCGUUCAAGAUCAGCGAGAUCCGCAAGCGCGAGGACCUGCAUCUGAGGAUGGUGGAACGGCAGGCGCGGAAGAAGAGGGAGAAAGACAAGGAUAAAGAAACAACCGCCACUAUCAGGACGCCCGGCGCAAGGACUCCUCACGCCGGGAAUGUAACGCCGGCGGCUCGGAGGCUGAUGGAGAAGUUGGGCGCGAACACGAACAGGACGCCCUCGAGAGGUGCUGGUGCUGGCGAUGGCGUGGCGAGUACUAGAAGUAGUACCUUGGGUACCCUGGAUUGGACGCCGGGACGGACACCCCGGCGGAAGACGCUGCCUAAAUAA